AUGUCAAUGACCAAGCGACAACUUGCCGAUUUUCUCGAGACCCUGAAUGUGGCCAUCGACAAUCACAAACAAGUUUUGGCAGAAAUCCUCCAAAUUCCAGUUGAAGUAUAAUUCCUCAUUUCAUUCUAAUUCUUGAAAGCUUCCGGAUUUCAGAAGGUCCACUGGCUUCUCUUCAAAAAGAUUCUGGAAUCUAUGGACGCUCUGGAUUUAGGAAUCAAAAAUUUCAGAUUUUCGGUGAAGAUAUUGUAUGAGAACAUUGCACAUAGUGUAUUGCUUUACGUGAGUUAGCGUAUACUUUUAUAGAAUCAUUUUUUCUGUUAUGUUAGUCAUACAAACCAAUAUGGUCAGUACCCGUUGGACAAAUCGUGGCAAGUAUUACAAUGGCAGAAAGUCCUAUCGAGAGUGGUCCAGAUCUGGUAUUUAAAAUCAGAAAACAAGUUAUAGACAUGGUAAGCGUUUACUGUAUUGCAACUAGAAACGUUUGAUUACAUUUUUCAGAAAAUCUCAACCGAUCAAAGAAAGAUAACGGCGCUCUUUUUGUUCUACUUGUUUAACACUGCCAACCCCACAAAUGAAGCGAGAUUUACGAUAGCCACAAGAAAGUUCAGCGACUUUUUGAGAAAUCUUAUUUUUAUUUUGGAUACUUACGUAAAACACGUUAAACCCGUGAGUCUCUAAUGGUGCUAACUAAAGCCGAGGUCAUUUUUUACUUUCAGGACCCUCGAAAAAAUACUGAAGACGAAGAAGAAGAGGAAGAAGAAGAAGAAGAAGAGGAUGAAGGAUAUGAGAAUGAGUUGCCGUUGAUCGGCGUUGCAGAGAAUCUCGUUGUGGCACCUGUGAGAGUUGAGGGCGAUGCGAUCAGAGAAGAAAGAGGCAAUGAGUAUCAUUAUGCUUCGCCGCCGAUUGAACACGUCGAAGAUGAUUGCAUCAUCGUAGAACAUGCUCCGUUGAAAAAUGCCGGAUUUUCUGAACACGUAGUAAAACGAGAAGAAGAGGAAAGGCGGAAGGAAAGAGAAAAUAAGGAGAGAGCAGAAGAAGACGUGGAUGACGAGGAAGACGAGGAAGAAGAGGAGGAAGAAGCAGGGAGUGACAAGUCAACCGAUGACGAGGAAGGAGAAGUGGAGAAAGAUGAAGAGAAAGUAGAGGAAGAAGAUGAAGAAGAAGAAGAAGAAGAAGAAGAAGAAGAAGAAGAAGAAGAAGAAGAAGAAGAAGAAGAAGAAGAAGAAGAUGAAGAAGAAGAAGAAGAAGAGGAACAGAAUGGCAAUUCCGGAGAUAACGAGGAAGAAGAAGAAGAGGACGAGGAAGAACCAAAAGGAGAAAAGGACGAAGAAUAUCACCCAGUUCCCAUGCGCCGUCGGAAAGUAGCCAGAAGCCCAAGACCACCGCGUAAGCGGAGGGCAACAGUAAGUUUUACAGUCAAAUCACUCACCAGAAGAAUUCUUUCAGAGACAUGAUUUGGAGACAGUCUCUCAACAUUUGAGAGCGAAUCCACAGCACAUCGCGUUGGAUGGUUUGGGUCUGAAGAAUGCAGUGACUUCGAUUAUUGAUGAGUACGGAAUGCAAAGAAUUAACCGAGCGCGGGUAACACAAUUCAUAAGAAGAUGAAAAUUUGACUACUCAAUUUGGUUACAGCUCAAUUUUCACGUCGUGAAUGCUGCCAGAAAGCGGAUGCGUCAACCUGAAGACGCGCCUCGUCCGAACUAA